UCUCUGCAGCUCCGCCCUCGGGCUGCCCCGCCCGGCCCCGCGGGGUCUCAUCCCCGGCUGUGACUCCGAGCCGCGGCUCCUCCUUUUCACCGUUCUCGGCCGCCCCGCUCCGUUCUCGCCUGGCGAUGCGGUGCUCGGGGGAUUUGCGCUCUUUUUUUCUCACCCCUCUCUUCUCUCCCGAACUCCGCUCGGACAAACCGAGCAGCGCAGGAAGGCGCCUUUGCAAAGCCAGCCGUGCCGAUGGCGGCGGAGCGGCGCGGCGCUCAGAAGGGAGGGGAUGCGGGCGACGGAGCGGCAGCAGCCCGAGCGCGAACCGCAGCCGGAGCCGGGCCGGCCGCACGCGGCGCUGCCGGUAGGAACCAAAGCUCCCGCUCGGCGUUGCCACACAGAAUUGCGUCCCCCCGUCGCGGCCCGGCGGCGCUCCCAGCCCGGCCACGGGGAUGGAGGCGAAGGAGCUGCAGGAGCGGCUGCGGGAGGCGGCGGCGCUGGGGGACGCCGAGGAGGACGUGCCUGCACUGGGCCUGCAAGCGGAACCACGCGGCUGUGGUGGCCCAGCUGCUGCUCUGCGGAGCAGAUAAGGAGAUCCUCAGCAGGAAGGGGGAGCGGCCAGCCCAGCUGACGUCCCACAAGGAGAUCCGCAGGAUGCUGGGAGUGGAAGAGGACGAACUCCCAGACGUAGCAACCAAUUCGGAGCUGCCCAUCAUCCCUAACUACCUGGCUAACCCACCUUUCCCCUACAUUUACAACUCCAUGAGCAGCAGCCUCCCGGAGCCCCCUGCCAACGGCAGCGCGUCCCGCGGGGAACGGCAGAGCUCUGCCUCCUCCCUGCCGCCCGCUGCACAGCUGUGCGUGCGGCCGUCGGCGCGCUGUGAGGACGCGGCUCCCGCUGUGUGCGCCGGGUUGCGGUGCUCCGGGGCCGCAGCUCAGAGCGCGCUGCUCCAGGCGCCGUGGGGCGCAGCUCCUCCUUCCCCCGCCGGACCUCAGCAGCCCGGAGCUCCGCUGGGCAGCGGCUCCUGCACGGGGCCCGUGCCGACCUUCCAGCCCGUGUUCUUCACAGGAGCUUUUCCACUUAAUAUGCAAGAACUGGUGCUUAAAGUUAGAAUACAAAACCCUAGUCUUAAAGAAAAUGACUUCAUUGAAAUUGAGCUGGACAGACAAGAGCUGACCUAUAAGGAACUGCUCCGAGUGAGUUGCCGUGAGCUGGGUGUUAACCCUGAACAUGUACAGAAGAUCAGAAAAUUACCAAACACAAUGCUGAGAAAGGACAAAGAUGUGGCAAGGCUACAGGAUUUCCAAGAACUGGAACUUGUUCUGACAGUAAGCGACAAAAACUUCCCUUUCAGAGCCCCAGCACUUUCCGAACAGAGUGGUUAUAACAAGAAGGCAUCAGAACUGACCUAUUAAUCAUUUAAAGAACAAAACAAACUAUUUCUAUCUCUCAUUUUAAAAUUACUUUUGAAAUACGGUAUCUAUAAGGGCUAAUGAUGCGAAGAAAAAAAAUCUAUUUUGUUAACUUUGAAAUAAACUGAAGCUGUUCUGCACUAAAGAUGGUAGCCUCUAGUUAAUGUGAAAUACUCAGUCUGAUGUGAGAGCAGCUCGUGCACGGGAAGUAUUGCUGAGAAGUCCCCAUUAGUGCCCCGUACAGACCAUCAUCCUGCAGUGGGGCAGCUCUCAGGGAAGGGCUUCCCUUAACCUGCACUGCCAGUCGGUGUGCUGGAACACAGCAGAGCUUCUCGUGUUAAAAAACCUUCCAUAAAACCCAUUUACUGUCUGUACUGAGUCUGUUACCAUUGCUGCUCACUUUCCACAGCGUUUGUCUGUAGUCAGCUCAAACCAGAAGGGUUCUAAAUCCGUGGAAGAAGCACAAAAAUGUCUUGUUUCAAUACUGUUAAGUAAUGUACUGCCUGUGAUUUCUUAAUACCUCUUUGCACCUUUCCCUAUUUCUCAGGUCAAAAACAGUGAUAAUAAUCAUCCAAAUGAUAAAAACACUCUUCUCCAAAACCACAGACCCAUUUUCUCACUGUCUUGUCAGGGGACGGCAUUGACACGUGCAAUUCAAAAUACUGUUUUUGUUACGUGUUGGAAGCGCGUUUGUCCAAUGCUGCUUUUCUUUCCCCUUUAAAAGCACAACAGUUGUAAUUUUAUUGUCCUUUUUUGCCUGCAUUCCUGAGAAAGGCCUCACCUGGAAACUUUAAGCUUGGCCAUGUCAGAAGAGAUCAGUGAAAGGCCCAGCGCUGAGCUCGCGCUGAGAUCAUGAUGUUCCUAUGCAAUGUGGCUUUCUUCCCCAGCAAGUUGUUCUUGCCUUUGUUGCUUACUGGAAGAAAAAACAAAACCAAAAAACCAUGUUCCUGUUCCAUAAAGUUCAGAAUCAGACUGCUUUGGUAUGAUGUUCUGGAAUAAAUAAAAUGAGAAGUAUUUAAGACGACA